AUGCCCCCGGCAGCCUCCGACGACUUCUUCCGUCAGCAGAACCGGGCCUCAGGCGAUCAAAGCCCCUACCCGCAGGACUUCAUUCAGCCAAGUCAAGAGAAUAAUGAUAGCGGAGGAAAAACGAAGAAAAAAGGUAAAAAGGGAAAGGAUAAAGCCGCCAAAGCGCUGUCAAAGUCACCGCCCGAAGACCUCAGGCUAGCAGCUUCUCCCCCCCUGCAGGCUGAAUCUUCUCCAUAUUCGGGUCAUCCUCUGGUUCCUACCAGCAAUCAGAUCCUAUCGCCUGUGUUGAACGCACUCGAGUCUCUAACGGAUACCACAGACCAUGACCUUGCCAUCCGUACAGAUACUUGGGCCAAAUCAAUUCCCUUCGGGAAGAGUCCCCCGAAUGAUAUCGUUCCCGGAGAACUCCCUGGCGGAUCUCCUCUCAGCUUUCCCACCCCCUCAGACAAAGGCGGCUUUAGUCAACCAUCCUCCAGCUCUCCUCCUCCACGAAGGAGACCUUUGAGCUACGGGAAUGGAUAUCUGAGCAGCAAUCUUGCCAGUGGGCAAUCCGCAGACAGACAGAAGACUCACUCUUUAAGCGCUCCGUACGACAACCAGAUACCCCUACCUCAUUUGCCGCAACCUCAUUUCUAUGGAGCACCAGAUAUCGACAUUCCUCUCUUUCCAGGCUCAAACCGAGCACCGGGAGAAGAAAGCUACUCAUUCUGUGGUUUCGAUACCAUCUCCGGCCCGUUGUUCAAGUCCUCCAGGAUGGGGGCCACCGUCUUGCUUGUGGGCAGCGAUGGGGUUCUGGAAGUCCUCGCCAUCGAAGACCGGAAGUCUCGCCUUGUGGGAGAGCUUAGCGGCCUCAAAGGCCGAGUGAUAGAUGCAAAGAUAGUAAAUUGUAUCUCAGCGGAUGACCCUUAUACAGGAUCUCGACCACACAUCGCCGUCAUAAUUCACGGACCAUGCGCACCUAGUGAAGAAGAGGGGCGUACGUCUUCUACAGCAUCAGAAACGAAUGAAGUUCCUCCCAGCCACGCUGGAAGGCGGUCGUCAAUUGGAAGGCGGCCAAAUGAGGCGAAAUUGUUCCAAACGAGGACGGAGGUAUACUCACUCAGAAGCGGAGAACAGGUUGCAACUCUCUUCGCUACGAGACCGGCACCGUGUUUCGAAAAUAUCCCCGGAUUGCCUGCUGUGGCCCCAUCUCCGUCUGGCAAUCUGAAAUUGUAUGUCAGCGGAAGUCAUAUUGUGUUGGCCUCCGGGAUCAGCGGCGAGGUUUUCAUAUAUGGAUUGAACCAUUUCUCGCCAUCCUGCGGGUAUCAGUGCAUGGGUAAAACCUGGACGAGCAUACAAACUAGAGAAGCUCGGCGAUACUCAACGUCUUCGAGCUCAACCGAUCCGGAUGCUUCUCGAAAUGAUUCUCCAAAUGGAUCAGCCAAUUCAGAUACUCCAAUCCUUGCACUCAAGGGCAGAUGGCUAGCGAUAGUCCCACCGUCUUCGACUUAUAGACCCUCAAUACGUGGGACUGUACCGGCUUCCUUGAUCCAAGGCAAGGUCUUUGGGCUUGAGACGCGUAGCCCUCCGGGUAAGCCGGCAGUGACCUCUGCUACAGAUGUUGGUGAAGGCGAAAGCCUUUUCGACAAAGUUGCCCGCGGAGUCACGCAAGAACUUGUCCGAGGUGCACGCUGGAUGGGGGACCAAGGACUCCAAGCAUGGAACAACUAUUGGAACAAAGACCAGGCUCAGAAUAUGUCUAAUCGCCGGUCACCGAACCUGAUGGACCUCCCACCGCAGGGAUACGGUAUCUUUCCCCCGACUCAUGCCCAGGAAACUCAACUCACAUCUCCUUCCGAGCCCGAUAUUGUCUCGGUACUGGAUCUGAGAAAGCUGGAAGACGGGAGUGAGACCAAGAGUGUCAUGCUUAACCCACUUGCCACCUUCCAGGUCCCCAAUGGGUGUAGCUUCCUGUCAUUCUCUCCAAAUGGUCUAGUGCUGCUCACCGCGAGCAAGAAGGGUGAUGUGCAGUACGUCUGGGACUUGAUGCAAGCUCGGUACUGUCGAGCAGGAUCUUUUCUAGCAGAGAAUUCCACAGUGCCUUCUGCGAACGUGCGACAGAUUGCGCGUUUCGCGCGCCUUACCACGUCGUUUAUUGUUGAUGUAAUCUGGUUUCCUCCAUCCGGUGACCGCCUGGCAGUGGUCACACGCAAAGGCACUGUACACGUCUUCGAUCUUCCCCGCAGUGCUUUCCAAUGGCCACCGUUCCGUCGAGCUCAUCCUCCGCCUAGCAAGGCCCAAUCUAGCGCUUCGCCAGUGGGUGAAACCACGGACAAAGCGGGCGCCACGAAUCCUCUCUCUGCGGCAUUCAAGCUUGUGGGGGGUAAGACCCAGCCUAUUCUGGCUGCUGUCAGAGGCCGUGCUCCGUCGGCCACUUCUGCGUUUCCAGCUGUUAGCGCAUUUGCAAUUCCGUCUGCGGCUGGCGUUCGAGGUGGUAAGGUUGUCGCUGCUGGUCUCAGUAAGUCGAUGGGUGCAGCAACUGGGACAGUCAAUACUCUUCGCCAUGCAGGUGAGAAUCGGCUGCAUCUCUCUGGCCUUGCGCGUGACCCUGCCGCAUCUCGAGUUGUGUGGAUCUCGAAUAAAGGGCAGCCUUUCUUGGGACUGGUGGACAACGGGUUCUUCCGGCUGUAUCGGAUUAAGAGAUCGUUAUCUGCUCACAAGGGCCGUCAAUGGCAGUCGGUUGUUGGAAGCAAAGAAAUUGAAUAUAAAUUACCCGCGAAUUUGCAGACUUCGUGUGGCCCUUUGCCGGUUGGGGCCUUUAGCCAGGAAUCUAAUGUUUCUGCCGUCUUGACUCUGCCCUCGUCAAACCUGAGACCUUCCACAACGUCGAAGGUUGCCAACCAGCCGCUGUCUCAAGCCGAAAUUGAGACGAACGCACCAUAUCAGCCUUUCCAUACCGAUCAUCGAGUCAAUCUUUUCGUUCACUCGAACGAGAACGAGCUGAAUGACCCGUUGUCAAGCUCAAGUGGACAGUGGAUCUUUGGAGACAGCUUUUCACUGUCGAAGCUUCAUGUGCGACCAUUCAGCGCCGGUGGCGGCGAGGAUGAUAGCGAUGUGGUACAUGAGCAACACGACAGCUUCGGCGACGAGAUGGAGAAUCUCAUCAGUCUGGGCAACAGCACAGGGAACGUUGGCGAGGUUCUUAUUACCACUCGCAGGAAGAAAAAGCAUUCUUCAGCGUUCUCCGCGGCUCCUGAUGGCUUUUUUGAAGACGAUUGCGAGGUGUUGGACUUUGCCAGAGACAGAGUCUGA